GCAAAAUAGAGAACUCAACAAGGAAGAUUCACAACAGUCAAAGAUGAUUUCUAAGAGAGUAAUGAUAAAUCUGAUGGUUGUUUGUGUUGUCGCGAUGCUGGCAGAAGAGACUGAGGGGUUCCUGAGUUUUUUGAGCCCAAGUGAUUACCAAAAAAAGCUUGAAAAUGACAGAAUCAGAGUGGGAAAAAAUGUGCCAAUGAACCUCCAAAAGAGAUCUGAAGAAAAUAACUUAUCAGAAAUGUCCAGUACGGAAGAAAUGAAAGUAGUAAAGCUUUGUGUUCCAUUUGAAAUUGGGAUCAAGAUGAGUACCAAACAAUUUCAGAAAUAUGGGGAACACCUGGGUGAGCUCCUGCAUAACAUUUUGUCAGAAAACACAAAUGGUCAAUGACUUCAGCAAAUCAGACUGGUUAAAUAUUGAUCUAUAGUUCAUAAGUGACAGAGAAAGAUUGUAGGAAACUUAUAUGUAUAGUGACAUUUAAUAAUUAAU